CGCUGACCAACUGCCGAGCGAUAACGGACAGUGACCCGACGAGGACAGACUGCAAGGUACAGUGAUACCGGACCAGCGAUGGAGUUUGUCUCUGGCUACCGCGACCCUAUGCUGGAAUAUUCGGAGCUCCUGUUCAGCUGGUAUCGGCGAUACAUGAAGGAUUAUGCGGGCAGACUGGGCCGCCUGGCGAUCCAUCCCCAGCAGGAGACGAAGAUCAAGUCCCUGCCGUAUGACGCCACCUGCUGGUUCCUACAUGUCCUGCAUAACGACAGCAUUGCUUUCCGGCCCCGAAACACUGAGCUGCAGAUCCGAGACGUCUUCUACAUGGAUGACGCCCUGCGCUUCAGAGACCUGAAGAAGUACAUCAGCUUCAUCAACCUGCAGGAAGAGACAGAGGGCGAGACCAGCACCAGAGACGCCAAUGCAGCCAACUCUGAUGACGUUCGCCAUAUCAAGUACCUGAUGCUGGUGGCCAUAGAGACGGGCGCCGUGAUUGGCGUUGACUUUUUGAUGGACAGCGAGUGCAGCGGCAACAAGGUCCAGUACGUGUGUAAACUGAGGGCCUACCACCUGCUGUGUCAGUGCAUGGCGCUACCCAUGGACAACGGGCAGCCUCGACGCCCCCAGAGAGUGGCCAUCGGAGACCCUUCUGUGCACAGAUUCCUGGUGAAGAUCCUUUCUUCCUUGGGGGUCGGAGUGCAGAAGACACCGAUGAGAGACUGGUCAUCAAGUGCCACCUUCAUCUUCUCUGCCCAGACCGUGCAGUGCUGCCACGUGUGUAAGAGGCGGAAGUUCGAGGUCGUGUUAACUCCUUGUGACACAUGUGACGCCGUGCUGUACUGUUCAGAGGACUGUAAGAUGCAGAACUGGAAAAAGUCUCCCUGGGAUCUCAGCCAUGAGUUCUGGUGCGAGAAGAUGAAGCGCUUCAUGCAGUACGAGGAACGACUGGCCGAUCUUCCCUUCCACUUCAUCAAGGAGGUGACCAGCCGCCUAUUUGACAAGGAGCUUUUUCUGAACAGUCGGAAUCUCAUCGGAGGAUACUGGACGGUGGAGAGCAUCCAUUACCACACCGGCCACCUGCAGGGGAAGAGUCCAGCCUGGAACCUGGAGGAAGGAAGAGGAGAACCUCUGCUGAAGCAUAUAGACGUCCUGAGGCUGCAGCCUAAAGAAAGGCUCAAGAGCGCAUUGUUGUCCUGGAAGGAGUAUUAUAACUGGCGAGGCCUGAGCUUAGACAACCCUCUAGCCGCCCUUCUGACCUACCCGCUCACCAUCUACUACAUCAUCUCCACACUCGUUCCCCAGCACUUUCCAGAGCUGAACAUUCUGAAGAAACAAUCAAUGAAAAUCCACAUCAUGGCAGGCGGGCGAGAAUACCACAACAUCCUGCUCUUCUGGGAGCUGGUACUGCUGAUGCCCCACGUGGUCCUGGAAUUGGUGUUUGUCGGCAGCGACCUCCCUGUGGAGGAAGAUGACAGAAGCUUCAUCAUACUGAAGAAGGGAUCGGAAGUGCGCUGUUCUGACCUGACGUAUGUGGACAAGGACAGAGGAGUACGGGGGAUACACGUCAAGGUCCAUGCCCGGCCGUACCACACCCUACAAGUGGCAAAGCCCGACCUUGUGAUCGGGUUCAACUCCGGAUUUGGAUUAGACGAUACCUGGCUGAGUACCUUACCCCGAUUGCAGGCUAUGAAGGUUCCGGCCUUUUUCUCGGAUUGCUCGCAGUACAGUUGUGAGGUGGACGGUCAGGUGGUCUCUGGAGCUUCGGGGGGCAGCGCCAGUCUCCCCAUCCUCAACCCCUUCCGCUCACCCCUGAGAAUUGUGGCCACAGAUAACAACAUGCCAUGGUAUAAGAACGCUUUCCUCUUCUAUUUGAUCUACAAAUCUAACCACAUCAGCACCAAGCGUAAUAACCAUGUGCCAUACAGCGCCCUCCAGGCUCCAUCGCCAGACACCACGCCGGAGGCGUCUCCACAGAAGAAGAAGAAUAAGUCCGGACGGAACCAGUGCAAGAAGCGCAAGUGACAGGCGCCAUAAUAAAGAGAGUGUAUGAUU